AUAAACAAAUAUAUAGAGAAGGAAUAAUUCAGUCCAUCACUUAUGACUAAUGAAUAGUGAAGGCAAUGGGUUUGGGUCAUUUGCUUCUGUGGCAAUAACUUUGGAUGGUGAAAAAAUUGGCAGGAGCUUAGUGCUUAGUUUGUCUGUGGUUCUCCCUAACCUGCACCUAUGUAUUUGUGAACCUACAGAGAAAUUUGGAGGGAAGGGGGAGAUAUACCGUACCAUGCUCCUUUCUGAUCUGAACACACCCUUUGUACCUCCAUGGUACGGAGAGGAGCAAGGGAGAUGGUACUGCCAGCCUUCCCUGGGAAACUUGCACCCUGAGCUGUGCUCCUAUUUGAAGAGCCUUCCACAAACAGUCUUGUCAAUUAUUAAUAAGGGAGCUGGGAGCCAGGAAAGUGAGACCUGAGAGGGGCGGAGAGACAGAGGCAGGGAGAGAGUACAGAGAGGGACACAGAGAUCAGACAGAGGAAGAAGUUGGGAGAGAUUCCUCACCAAAGGAAAGUGCAGCAGAUCAAGAAAAUGAGAAGCAGGAAGAGGAUCUCUCUAGGGUAGAAGAGACGGGAAUAAAACUACAGAGGGAACUGAUGAGAAACAGAGAUACAGAGAAGAGGCACUCACCAUCCCGCAGCUCAGGAACAGUUCUUACAAGCUUGUGUCCCGGGAUCUAUGGCUACAGGAGUGGAGUUAGAGGUUUUCCGAAUUGAGGGGGGCAGCAGCCAUGAGCAAAGGAACAGGUCAGGAGAAGCAUCUUCUACAUCAACUGGGCUGAACCAGAGGACCAACACUCCGUGCCCAGGAAUGCUCCAGCCUCCCGGAUCCAGUCGACCCAAGGACAUUACAGAGGAUCCCAAGGGAAUAGAAAACAAUGGCUUCGUUGAGGAUCCUCCGCCCUAUUCCCCACCGGAUCCAAAGAUUGCACACCUGCUCUACCCCGGGUACCAGAGCAAUUUCCCUGGCCACGUGCCGGUAUUAUACCAGCCGGGGCCCACAGGGCAGAGCAUGUACAGUUCUCAACACCUGCCCCCAGGAUCAUUCCCCUUCAUCAUAAGUGAUGGCUCCUUAGGCAUGGCACCGCUGCCUCGACCUGAAGAGAGGACCAAAGAUUACAUGGUGGAGUCUAUACUCGUCAUGAUUUUCUGCUGCUUCCUGACAGGGAUAAUUGCUGUAGUCUAUUCCCAUGAGACACGGAUGGCUCUCGGCAGGGGUGACAUACUCCAGGCACAGGUGGCCUCCCGCAAAGCCCGAUCCCUUGUCCUCUUCAGCCUGCUGUUCGGGGUCUUUGUGUCCAUCAGUUGGAUUAUAUACGUAGUUGUGGCCAUUUUCUUGUGAAGGACUAUAAAGGCCGGGACCUGACUGAUACAGAGCGUAACUACUGCAAGACCUGAUCCACAGGGAAAACAGAUCCUGGAGUUUGCACUAACAUAUCCCCUAACAAAUGUGUAUAUUUAUAUGUACAGAGAGCAUUUAGCACAAAUAAAGGGCAACUGUUCUGUUUUUCUUAAACCCAAAAUGCCUGCGGCCCCUUUGCAGAGCAGGAACAUGUUGUGGUCGAUAUGGUGGGCAUAUCGGGGAGAAAUACAUUCAAUUGGUGUGACCUCA